CGACCUGCAAAAUCGGGCGAAAAAUUGAAGAGUCGACCCAAGUGAUAAAUGUCAUCUUACAUAAUAAAAAUUUUUUCGUUACACAAUAAAGAGCUAAAACAUGAGAUAAAAAAUGCGCGCUAGGUAAAAAACUCAGAGGAUACACGUCGACGAAAUUUAUUCGCGACGCAUCAGUUGCAUACCGGCUAGAAUCGUUCCUAAAUGCAAAUGCGCCCGCUGCAUUUUUCGUCAAUUUAUGCACCAUCUGUUUAGUUCAGUGUUCGGUCUAGUUCUCGUCGGGUCAGCUGGUCGGUGUCAAACGGAGGUGAUUUUUGGAGGACGAGAGUAAAGAGGCAGAACUCGACUUUCAGAAAAGCGCAGACUCUUCUUCCACACGUUUCCUUCUUUCCGUAUAAAGAAAAAUGAUACCGAACUGCCUCAGGAACGUUGCCACGCAAUCCUCACGACGAAACGUGGCUUCAUUUUUCUUCAGCAAGAAAAGUAACUAUGCCACUGAAGCUUCCUUCGAGACCAAACCUUUCCGUCUGCACAAGCUGAGCCAGGGACCGUCCACUCAAGUUACAGUGACUCGGGAUGAAGCUCUUGAGUUAUUCAAGAAGCUACAUACGAUACGUCGUAUCGAAACAGCUGCUGGCAAUUUGUAUAAGGAAAAGAUUAUUCGGGGUUUUUGUCACUUGUAUUCUGGACAAGAAGCUUGUGCAGUUGGCAUGAAAGCUGCAAUGCGGCCUCAAGACGCUGUAAUUACAGCUUAUCGUGCACAUGGAUGGACCUAUUUAAUGGGCAUUGAUGCAUUUGGCGUUUUUGCAGAACUCACAGGUAGACAAGGUGGUAAUGCUAAAGGCAAAGGUGGCUCAAUGCACAUGUACUCUGAAAAUUUCUAUGGAGGAAACGGUAUUGUUGGUGCUCAGGUGCCAUUGGGAGUUGGGAUUGCCUUAGCUCAAAAAUACAAGAACAACGGCGGAGUCUGUUUAGCGUUAUAUGGUGACGGUGCGGCCAAUCAAGGACAAGUGUUUGAAGCCUAUAAUAUGGCAAAGCUGUGGGACGUACCUUGCAUCUUUGUUUGCGAAAACAAUGGAUAUGGAAUGGGUACUAGCGUGGAUCGUGCCGCUGCAAGCACGGACUAUUACACCAGAGGCGAUUAUGUUCCUGGAAUAUGGGUAGAUGGUAUGGAUGUAUUAGCCGUGAGGGAAGCCACGAGAUUCGCAAUAGAACACUGCACAUCUGGCAAAGGACCAAUGGUCAUGGAAACUGUAACAUACAGGUACAGCGGACACAGUAUGUCGGAUCCAGGAACUAGCUACCGUACGCGAGAAGAGGUGCAGGAAGUCCGGCAGACUCGGGAUCCUCUGACCAGCUUUAAGGAAAGAAUUCUCAAUGCAAACCUUGUCACUGCGGAUGAAAUUAAAACGAUAGAAGGCGAAAUCAGAAAAUCAGUGGACGAGGCUGUGAAGGCCGCCAAGAACGAUAAAGAGAUUCCAUUAAGCGAGCUUACUGCCGACAUUUAUACGUCAUGUCUAGAGAAGGAAAUUCGAAAUACGACUCCCUUCAAUCCUCUGUCGCACGCUAGACUAGGACCAGCUGUGAACGCUUGAAGUGCUCAAGGAGACUCCUAAAAAUAUUGUAUAUAUUUUACAGUAACAUGCCACUCUUCAAGAUGUUCAUAGAUUAAGGAUUAGUUAUAUUAGAGAUGUACAUGCCUCGCGCACGAUUCUUUAAUUCGAAAUGUGUAUAUUAUUAUUUUAUCGAAAUAAUUUUACAGAGCGAAUGUUUACAAGAUAUUCCAGUUAGUACCAUGUCCAAAAUUGGUGCAUAAGACAUCAUUAAGAAAUCUUUAAGAUAUCUUUAAGAAAUCUUAUGAUAUUUCAAGGACAUCUUGAAAACAUCUUAAAGAUGUUUUAUGCACCAAUUUUGGACGUGGUACUGUCUGGGAUAUCAAUUCAAAUAUAAUUUAUACGUAUCAACAUGUUAAUCUCAUAUCUUAUGUUAAAAUUACUAAACAAUCUCUAUAUUAAAAAGAAAAAAAUCAUACAUUUCAGAAUAAUUUGGAAGAUUAAAUUUAUAUUUACUGUCUAA